AUGUUCGAUAACAUGUAUUCAUGUCUUCUUCUUUUUACGGAUGUUGAUAAGACCGAUGCGAGGUCGAAACCGCAGUCCACUCCAGUCCACUGUCGCUGUUCGAAUCUUUCUGAGGGUGUUGAUAAGACCAAUUCGAGGUCGAAACUGCAGUCCACUGUCGCGGUUCGAAUCCCGCUGAGGGUGUUAACUGCAGUCCACCUCGGCCGUCGCGGUUCGAAUCCCGCUGAGGGUGUUGAUAAGACCAAUGCGAGGUCGAAACUGCAGACCACUGGUGCCUAG